UUAAAGUUCGUUGUGUUCUCUUUCAAAAUAAUUUACACUUCUCAACGUUAACCUUUAGCCUAUCUUAAUACAAGUAUUAGUGGCUUUUGAAAUAUUACGUGUUCAAUUAGAGCAUAUGGCCUUCCGAUCUACUAAGAUAUUUAAGUUGUUUCAAUAGGAAAACUGGAGAAUAUGGAGGCGAAAACAGUCUUAAAAUCAAGAAGAUUGAAGAGAAAGAGUAAGGAGGACUUACAGACCAGUGGCAGCUACAGCUGGGAAAAUUCACAACACUAUGACAGGGCAAGACUGAAUUUCAAAAUGCGAAAGAUUGAUCCUUCAAGUGACAGUGAACAAUGUGUGGCAGAGAGCAAGGAAAAUGAUUUUGAUUCAUCAAGGGAGUCACCUAAAUAUAUCCUAACGAAAGCUCACAGAAGAAGUAAAGACAAGAAAACAUCUGUGAUACCUCCUCUGGGAAGCUUAAAUGAAAACAUAGAAUUUACAGAUUCUGUAACUGGAUUUAUACUUUCUCCCCAAGCUCAAAAACCCUACCAUUGCCACUUGUGUAUUAAACAAUUCAAGUAUUUUAGUAAUUUGAAAUCCCACAUGAACAUAGUGCACAAGAAAACAAUUGUACAAUCUGAUAUUGACAGUAAGACACCAAAACAUGCAAAUGGACAAUUAUUUCAGUGUGAAGUUUGCUGCAGAAACUUUAAGUAUUUUAGCAACUUGAGAACACAUAGGCUUGUUCACACUACCACAGAAAUAAAGGAUGCUGUCUCUGACUAAGACACUUAUGUCACUUUUUGAGCUUACCACAAACUUUGUUUACUGAAUAAACUGCUGUAAUUUAAUACCAAA